AUGACCGACCUAACGGAUGAUGAUCUUCUCGAUUCUUUUACCGGUACCGCUGAGCUGCCCGCCGAUGAGAAUGAGUUGCUCGCUGAUCUAAAAGAGGAGCCUGAUGACCUGUUCGACGAAGCCCUGGGCGAAGAGCAGAAUGGCAAAGUCGAACCGGCAAAGCCUGUUGUCGCUCCCGUCGUGAAGGAAGAAGUCUCGGCGAGCGCCACCCGCAGUCUUUCGUCGACAAACGGCUCGAUGACUCGCAAAUCAGAGAGGAGCGGAGAGCGCAAAUACUGUUGCUACGUGGGCAACAUCACCUGGUGGACCACGGACGCUGAUCUCAGACAGGCGAUUGUUGAGAUGGACUUGGAGCCCGACCUCGUUGAUAUGAAGUUUUUUGAGAACCGCACAAACGGCUCAAGCAAGGGCUACGCUUUGAUGGUGUUCCACUCAGAAGAUUCGGUCACCAAGCUGACUGAAGGGCUUCCGAAACGUACGAUUCACAACCAGCAACCGAUGGUGCUUCCCUACACCAAGCAGUCAUUGGCCAGGCUUGAGGAGGCUUCUAUGAAGACUAUGUCGUCCGACGGCAAACGCAGGCAGGGCGGCGAAAUUCUCAACCUGGGGACCAUCCGUAUUGGCCCGAGCAUGAACCAGAUGAACCGAGGGCCCACGAUGGGUGGCAAUAUUGUGCCGACGGUCAAAUUGACUUUGCCUACCUUGAUGGGAGGUCGUCCUCCGGGUGUCCCAGCUCCUCAGCCAUUGAUGUCUUUGGUGACCGGGCCGCCAGUCGCCCCUCCACCGCAAGGGCCCCCUCGUCCGCUGAUGAACACCAACUACCAGCAGCAGCAGCCCAGUAUGCCCCAGAUGAACAUGCAGAUGCAGCCGCCAAUGAUGACAAAUACAGCUCCGCCGGGUAUGAGCGCUCCGCCGCCUCUAAUUCCAAACAUGCGCCCACCCGGCAUGCAGGUCAACCAGCAGCCACCAGGAAUGAUGCAAAUGCAGCAAAUGCCGCAAAUGGGCCAAAUGGGUCAGAUGAACCAGAUGCCACCGAUGGCCCAGAUGGGGAUGCAGAACCUGGGCGCUGUCCGGAUCGGCUUACCCUCCAAUGGACCGCCUGGAAUCAUGCCCGGAGCUCACAUCAACCCGCAGGUCUACCCCGGCUACCAGCAAAUGGGAAUGCAGCAACAUCCUAUGAUGCAGCGUCCUGGUGCGUUUUCAGAAGGCCCAACGAAUGAUGCCGAGUUUGAGGAGAUUAUGAGCAGAAACCGGACCGUGUCCAGCUCGGCCAUCAGCAGAGCGGUGUCCGACGCCUCGAGCGGUGACAUUGAAGGUGCCAUCGAAACGCUGCUCACCGCAAUUUCGCUCAUCAAAAGUUCAAAGGUUUCCUACGACGACCGUUGCAAGCAGCUUGUUACUUCGCUUCAGGAUACACUCGCCGGCAUAGAGACAAAGGGUAGCAGCCGUCUCGUGACCGUAAGCGCUAUCGUCGUUCGCGUAGCCGCAGCAGGGACUACCGUCGUCAUUGAUUCUUGUGCUAUCGAUUGUGUCGUCGAGCUAAACAUGUGCCGGUUCCUUUCCCUUCUUUCUCCACGCCCAUCACUCACUCCAUUACGUCGGCCCACGCAUCUCAGCGCCAGU